AUGCUCAACGUGGAGCUGAUUCUCCCCUGCUAUAAUUUUGACUUCAGAUGCAGCAGAGUCUUGGAGGUCAGUGACCCGUGGACCUGUCGUGAGAAGGACAAGGUCUGGAUGCAGCCGGUGUGGGUGGUGGGGGCACAGUCCUACCAGGCUGAUGGGAAGGAGCUGGUGAAGAUGAGGCCCAGGAGCCUGGUCUGCACUGCCCUCCAGCCUCCAUCUGUCCUCAGGGUGUCCCUGAUCCUCAUUCAUCCUGUCACCUUCACCCAGCUGGGUGCCGGAGCGGAUCUGCCUCCAGAUGCUUUUCUGGAAGCUCCCGUGGGCUUGACGAGCACCAACCACUUGACCAUGAUCACCAUGAGCCCUCACGGCCCAGAGCCACCCUCCUGCCGUGCUGGACAGGGCUCAUCCGAGCGGCUCCCUCAAAAUGCCAGUGAGGCCGAGGCCUGGGAGGAGCGCAGCCCCCCCCCGCGCGGGGACCCGGCGAGCAGAGACCCCCCGGGGGGCGCCAGCAACACCACCGGCCCCGGGGGGGCCACAGCGGGCGAGGAGCCCCCGGCAGGACCCCAGCUAGAGCCCCCCGAGGGGGGCACGGCGGCCACCACAGGCCCCUCGGCCAUCCCGGAGGGGUGCCGGGGGUGCAUCGGGGAGGGGGACACCAGCGCUUUGCCCCCCAAAUCCGGCUGGGCCGAAGACGGCCAAGCAGCGGUGACCUGGCCCGGCGCCGGGGGGACGGUGCCGGGGGCGCUGGGGACCCCCGAGGAGCCGGGGAGCGUGACCACCGACUCCGCCGAAUCCGACUCGCUGCCGGCGGCCGGGGGCUCGGCCGCGCCACAGACCCCCGUGUUGGGUGACCCGGGAGACUUGGGGGGUUCCCCAGAGUUCUGGGGGGGCUCCUCCAGCCCGGCCCCGGCGCAGGGGGCUCGCGGGCGGACGGAUCUGACCUGGCUGGAGGAGCCCGUCACCAUCACCCCGGACCCGGCCGAGCUGCCCACCGACCGGACGGCCGCGGAGAUCAUCGACGUCGACUACUACGACAUCUUCGAGGGGGGCGAGGGGCUGGGGGGCUUCCCCGGGGGCAGCCGGGGGGCGGCCGGCCCGGCGCGGCGGCGGGAGCCGGAGGGGGCGGCCACGCCCUGGGGGCUCCACGAGCUCUACGACGACUUCACGCCUUUCGACGAAGCCGAUUUCUACCCCACCACCUCCUUCUACGCCGACGGCGACGAGGACGAGCUGGAAGAGGAUGAGGAGGAGGAAGAAGACGAGGAGGAGGAAGAAGACGGCGGGCUGGAGGACGAGAACGGCCGCCGCCCCCCCGCCUCGGCCCUGCCUGGCGUCCAGCCGGCCCCGAGGGACCCCAGACCCACCGGCCGCCGCGACGGGGCCCCCCCGCAGCCCCCCGGGGUGUUGGGGGGCAGCCCCACGGCCCGGCCCCAGAACGGCUCCCAGUGCCCCAGCGGGUACGUGCGGCACAACAGCUCCUGCCGCUCCCUCUGCGACCUGGUCCCCAGCUACUGCCACAACGGCGGGCAGUGCUACCUGGUGGAGAGCCACGGGGCCUUCUGCCGGUGCAACACGCAGGACUACACCUGGCACAAGGGCACGCGCUGCGAGGCCAUUGUCACCGACUUCCAGGUGCUGUGCGUGGCCGUGGGCUCGGCUGCCCUGGUGGUGCUGCUGCUCUUCAUGCUCACUGUCUUCUUCGCCAAGAAGCUCUACCUGCUCAAGACGGAGAACAGCAAACUGCGCAAGACCAAAUACCGCACCCCAUCCGAGCUGCACAACGACAACUUCUCCCUCUCCACCAUCGCCGAGGGCUCCCACCCAAACGAUGAUCCCGGCGCUCCCCACAAGCUGCAGGAUUCCCUGAAAUCCUGCCUGAAGGACGAGGAGCCCUUCAACAUCCACAACUCCACGUCUCCCCGGCACGACGGCGGCAAAGGGGAGCAGGAGGGGGCCGAGCUCAACUGCCUGCAGAACAACCUGACGUGAGCUGCCGCCCCGGCUCAGCUCCCUGUCUUCUCAGUCGUUUCCCCCACUCCCUGGCAUGCUUUGGUGUGUUUUGUACAGAGGGAAGAACCCAGAAAACAGGCAAAAAAAAAGAACCAGAAGGCAGCGCCGAGGGCUGGAGGUGGUCCUUGGGCUCCUCGUGUCCCGGGGGGCUGGGGGGCUCGUGCUCCGUGGCUCUUGCUUGGGUUCCUGCAGCUGUGGGUUCUAAACCUUCUGCCCUCCUGCAAACAACUUCUUUUGUACUCUCACCCCAUUUUUUUUUUAAAUUUUUUUUUUGACAGACAAGUAAAAACGACACGAGGGGAAAAAAAAAACCAACCCUGCCACAGAAAAUGACAAAAACAAACAAACAAACAAAG